AAAAUCGGUGUAUUUUUGACAUGUGAAGGGCAGUUUAUAAAAUCACACGGUUUACAUUAUAUUCUUGUAAUGGUAUAGAAUACAGUUUUUAGAGUUGCUUUACUGUAAGAAGUAAUAUUUUAAGUUUGGUCAAACAUGUUUAUAAUAACAAUAGUGUGCCAAUAUUAUUUUCAUAUACAUUGGAGAAAUGCUGUAACAGAUGCUGCAUAGGCAGUAAUGUCACUAUUGAUUCUUACUAUUAAGUUCAUAAAAGGCCUUUACAAGUAAAUGUUUGCCUUAUUAAUUUCGUUUUUUGUGAUUAUAAAUUUUAAUGCAUUGGAUAGAACUUCUGAUCUCUGCUUCGUCAUUAUGUGAAACUGCUUGAAUUUAUAAUUAUUUAAUGGAAGAAAAAAAAAUUGUUUGUGUGUGUGUUGAAUGUUACCGUAAAUUAGAACUUUUUAUACAAUCGAACUUGAAUUGUGAGGUUGAAUCCAAAUACAUAAGUGCACUUUUGUUCAUCUAUCAAGGCGUCCAUCUCUCAGUGGUGUAUGACUCUAAGUUAUUGAUGGCACGUGAGCUGCUAUGCAGUCAGCACUGACAGACCUGCUGAGUGAGAGGGACAGGACACUGCUCGCCUUCAUACGGGCUUCCAAACUGAUUAAAACAGGUGUUCAGCCAGGAUUUUCUCACAAACCAUUUGCUUUUGAGCUACAAAGGUUAUUUGCCACAAGUUAGGAAAACAAACUUUUAUUUUUAUUUUCUUUUUUUUUUUUGGGAAAAGACCAAAAUGUGCAGCUCUCUUGGAUUGAAGAUGUGCUUAAAAAUAUAUAUUUCUGAAAUGACUUAAAUACAUCUUGCCAGAUCUUCUCUGUUUUAGUGAGUUGCCUCCGAUUUCAACAAUAUGAAGAGAAGCUCUUCUUUGAAGUCUUUCUGGACAUCAGAGAGGGAAUGGGACACAGUGAACCAGCAGGGCCUGCCCGGAUCCAAACCCGUGCCCAGUCACCGUACAGUUAAGAGGACAUUUUCGGGGGUCCUCCAGCUUCCCCGUCUGUCCCGGCGGCUCUCGGCUCAGGGAGAGUCAGAGAACACCCCCCGCAAGGCCACCUUCUGCCUCGAGGCCGACUCUUGUCAAAGGUCGUGUUUUGAUGUUGAGAAUGGACCGUCGGUGGGCCGCAGUCCUCUGGAGUCCCAGGCCAGUCCAGGCUCUGGCCUUGUGCUGCAGGCCAAUUUCCCUCACAGUCAGCGGCGGGAGUCCUUCCUGUAUCGCUCCGAUUCUGACUUUGACCUUUCACCCAAGGCCAUGUCCCGAAACUCAUCCACGGCCAGUGAGCUGGAAGAGAGUUUGAAGCACUGGGAAGUCAACUGGCUAAAUCGACAUGGAGAAGACAUGAUAGUUACACCAUUUGCACAGGUCCUUGCCAGCUUGAGGACUGUGCGGAGCAACUUUGCUGUUUUGACCCAUCAGCAAGACCGUGUCCUGACCAAGAGGUCCACUGGAAGCAACCCACCAUCCAUGUGCAAGACAAGCCUUCCAGAGGAGCCGUUUCACAAGUUGGCAGUGGAGACUCUGGAUGAGCUGGACUGGUGUCUCGAACAGCUCGAGACUCUCAAGACACGUCACUCAGUCAGUGAGAUGGCAUCUAACAAGUUCAAAAGGAUGCUGAAUCGAGAACUAACCCAGCUGUCAGAGACGAGCAAGUCAGGAAACCAGGUCUCAGAGUUCAUCUCCAGCACCUUCUUAGAGAAGCAACAUGAUAUGGAGAUUAUGUCCCCCCCAACCAAGGAGAAGGAGAAGAAAAAGCGGCCCAUGUCUCAGAUCAGUGGAGUGAAGAAACCCUCACACAGCUCCAGUGUCGCAGCUUCCAGCAUCCCACGCUUUGGCAUCAGCACUGACCAGGAAGAUCUGCUGGCCAAGGAGUUAGAGGACUUUGACAAAUGGGGUGUGGAUAUUUUCAAGAUAUCGGAGUAUUCUGGCAAACGACCCCUAACGGUAGCAAUGUACACAAUCUUUCAGGAAAGAGACCUGUUGAAAUCAUUCAAAAUCCCUGUAGACACAUUUAUUACCUACAUGAUGGCACUGGAGGAGAACUACCACUCAGAUGUAGCGUACCAUAAUAGCAUCCACGCCGCUGACGUGGUCCAGUCCACCAAUGUUCUUCUAUCCACCCCUGCCCUGGAGGCUGUAUUCACCGACCUUGAGAUCUUGGCCGCGAUGUUUGCCAGUGCAAUACAUGACGUGGACCACCCUGGAGUGUCCAACCAGUUCCUCAUCAACACAAACUCGGAGUUGGCUCUCAUGUACAACGAUUCCUCUGUUCUGGAGAACCACCACCUGGCUGUUGGCUUCAAACUGCUGCAGGAAGAAAACUGUGACAUUUUCCAGAACCUGACCAAGAAACAGAGGCAGUCGCUGCGCAAAAUGGUCAUUGACAUGGUUCUAGCCACUGAUAUGUCAAAGCAUAUGAACCUGUUAGCGGAUCUCAAGACCAUGGUAGAGACCAAGAAGGUGACAAGUCUGGGAGUACUGCUGUUAGACAACUAUUCUGAUCGCAUUCAGGUUCUUCAGAACAUGGUGCAUUGUGCUGACCUGAGCAACCCAACAAAGCCUCUGGAGCUGUACCGUCAGUGGACGGAUCGCAUCAUGGUGGAGUUUUUUACUCAGGGGGACCGAGAGAGAGAUAAGGGUAUGGAGAUCAGCCCCAUGUGUGACAAACACAAUGCCUCCAUUGAGAAAUCACAGGUGGGCUUUAUUGACUACAUCGUGCACCCGCUCUGGGAGACCUGGGCGGAUCUGGUUCAUCCUGAUGCCCAGGAGAUUCUCGACACGCUGGAGGACAACCGAGAGUGGUACCAGAGCAUGAUCCCCCACAGUCCCACUUCCACCCCUGAGGACAAGGGCAGUGUGGUCGGGAUGGCAGCGAUAGGUGGAGGCACCACCUCAGCGGGGGAGAAAUUCCAGUUUGAGCUGACCUUAGAGGAAGAAGGGGAAUCUGACAUUGAGAGUCCCGUGGAUGAAGAUUUCACUUCCACCACACAGGAUUCCUUCAGGACAGAUCCAGAAGACAAACAUCCGUCUUCAGCUCCCCGCACACACCUGUCCGCUCGCUCCCCCGGCUGCAGGACAAUGUCUUUUAAGAUGGGCGAGCCGCCAGACAGUGAAGAUGAGGAGAGAGAACUUGACCAAGAAGGGAAAAUCGUGUCUUUCCUGCGCCUGGGAACAUAACACUAGUGCACUUUUUACAUUGCAUAAUUUUUUCUUCUUUCGUACCUCUUCCUCACCACCUCCCUAUCCCUCUCCGUCCCAUUCUUAGCUUCCUCGGGUGGAGGCGAUGCAGUGCAGGAGAGCAAAGGAGAGGUAGGAAAGCUUCCACAGGACGUUUUUAUACUGUAGUCACCUUGCACUGGAGAAAGCUCCAACUCUACGGACUGUCAAAGCGUGAAGCUUUCUUAAAAAGUUCUCUGUCUCGUGACUUCAGGAUGCCAUUCGGCCUCACCGUCAAGCGUGAAACUGCCUGUGUGUGAUGGACUGAGAGGAAACGUCCUCAAGUGUCUUCCUGAGACAUCCCAGCUUUAAGGUUAACGAACAAGUGGAGCCCUUCGAACAUAUUGAUCGAUAAACAGGACAGUUUUUAUGUGAGACGUAUGUUCACUAAAAUGUUUUUAAAAAGACUCUGUUGACUUAAAGCUGGUUUAUUAAUAGCUGAACAGAACAACCUAACCUUAACACAACAGAACAUCUCAGGAUUCAAAGAAACGAUUGCUUUCAUGUAGCAAACAGCUUGAGGGUACCCACAAAGUGACCGCUGUCUUCCUUGGAUCACUAUAAAAUCUCUAGGCUGAAGUCGAGCCAUGAUUGUGAUCUUUUCUAUUAGUAUGUGACGCCACCUAGUGCUUUAUAGUGGAACUGGAGCCACAUUUAAAGGAUUUCCCACUCCACAGUGGCUCUGUAUUGUUGUAAGUUUGCACAGAUUAUACUCAUGAUCUGACCGUUUUAACUUAAAACCCUUCAAACCUUUAUCUGUAGAUAUACUGCUUUAAUUUAAGGCAUUCACAUGGUUUACAUAUGCUUCUCGUUUAUUUUUCUAUUCCGCUUCAUCCAAAGCAUGAGUGUAAGAAUUAUUACACUGUACGUCACAAUUUUAAAACGGCUUGCUUCUGAUAUUCUAGGUAACACUUUAGAAGAUAUCUGGAGUCAUUCUUAAUGUACAGAAGACUAGUAUUUGCGGUGAUCUGCAGGGUAACCAGCAUGUGUACGCACCCUGUAUGUAAGUUGGUCUCUGGAAGGCUGCGCUAGCUUGGAAACCCACAUUAGCUGUAUAGGAAAUGAUAGGUGUCCUCAAAUUACAUGUGUACUUUCUCUCUAUUUCUGUGCUGGUCACACUUAAAAAUAUGAGGUAUCUUAACAUCUUUACAAAUGUAUGAUGUCUAAACAAAUGUUCUAAAGUGAGAGCUGUGCGCUACAAGAGAACACAUUAAGCCAAAGUUGGUUUUCUGGGCCAGACCUUUUGUGUUCUUUGGUUUUUGGUGAUUGAUCAGUGCUCUGCUCUUCGCAGGGACAUAGCCAAUCACAGUACAAGUGCCAAGCACGCAUGAUCCAUAUGCUGUACUGUAAUUUCCAUGUUGCCACUGGCUAUUUUCCAUCAAUGACAUCUACUACUGUCAGUAACAUACUGAUUUGAGCAUUUACUUUUCUUUUCUUUUGUUAUUCAAAACUGUCGAUUUGUCAAGCUGAAUUUUUAUUUAAGAGUUUUCAUUAUUAAUAAGUCUUUCUGACGCAGUGUGCUCAUUUUAAGUCAGAUUAUUUGUGCCCUUUUUAUACCAUGGUAUGAAUUUUAAUAUUGGAUACAGUGAAUCUUUGUAUGUAAGUGGAUUACAGUAAGCGGGGCUUUUAAUUAUUGGCUUUAUGUUCACCUUAAUGUCAGUCUAUGCUCUUUAGCAAUGUUUCAUGUGGUGAAAGAAAUGCUGAGCAGGCCAUGCAAAGUUCAACUGACUGUAUCCAUACAGCACACCUCUGUUUGGUCUUUUUUUUAUUGUUCCACAGAUCUGACAAUCCCAACAGUACUGUUGACCACUACAAUGCUGUUACUAGUAUUGCUGUGAUCGUUUUCCUGUUCCCAAUGCCAAUAAAUGAAGAACUAUUAGUAA